UCAUCUACUAUUUACUAACAAAUAAAUAAAAAAUAUAUCAAUUAAAUAAGAAUAACAAUAAUACAAGUAAUUAUAUUAUUAGUAAGUAUAAAUAUGGGAUAAGGGAUAAGUUGUACUGAUGAGCGCUCUACUAUUGAUAUGAAUUAGCAAUAUUAAUAGUAGCAAUAAUAGCAAUACCAAAAUCCAGUGCAAACGAAUAAUUAAGACUUGUAUAUUGAACCCCAACAAAAGGAGUACUAGGAAUAUAAAAGAUACAAUACCACAAAUCAAUUUAAUGUUGUAUCCUUAAAUACUUCCUAGAUUUCAAUACAUAAAGAUGGCUAUGAUUCUAGAUCGGAAAUUUCAAGGAUGCCCUCUUAAAUAUCAUUAGCAAGCGAAUUUAAAAAAAUUGAAACAGAUGAUAUAAAUCCCCUUACUACUUAAUUUUUUAAUAGAAACUAAGAUAGCGAAUCUAAAGAGCACAUAUUUGUAAGCAGGAAUCAAUCAAGAGAAGUUCUAUAGGAAAUAAUAAGCGUUCCUUAAAGCGCAAAUAGAUAAAUUCAACGUCCUUCUUCUAAUUGCAAACUCUCUACUAGAGUUUAGGAAAAGCUUCUUGAGUAAGAAGAUGAACAUAGCAUUGCUCUCAAUUUUUCUCCAUCAAAAAACUAUCAGCAAAAUAUAAAAAACCAAGCUGACUUUAACAAUGACGCUUCUGUUUUAAAUGAUAUUAGUUAUUAGUAUAAGAAAUCUAGUAAUGAAUUAAGAAAUUCAAAUCAAUUUUCCUCAGUCAAUUCAUUAGGAAAUAGCAAUGACAUAGGAUUUAGAUAUUUACAAAGUGGAAUUAACUAGCUUGCUUAUGAUUAAUAAGUCAAAGUUAGUUUUGGAUAAUCUAAGACAUUUAACACAAGUUACUAAACCAAUUAUUACAAAAAUUCAAAUUAUACUCCUACUGAAGAAUAAAAAAUAUCUAAAAGAUAUGUUUUGGGAAAAGAAAAUAUUCUUGAAACUGAAAUGAAAAAUGAUGAAAAAUCAAGUAAAAGGUAAGAAAUGCUCACUAAUCUUGAAAAAUUAAGAGUAGCCAGUAAGCCACUAAUGAUGGCUGAAGAGAAAAAAAAUCCUUUACCAAUAAACUAGACUAUAUAGUAAGUAAAUGAGCAGAAGAUAGAUAAAAAUACCUUCAAAGUUAAUAGAAAAGAAAUAAAAGAAGACGAAUUUGUCAAUUUGGUUAAAAAUAACAACGCUUCUUAAAAAACUCGCUCAAAGAGCAAUAAAAGAAAUGAAAUUAUUUUAACUUAGAGAAACGUUUCUACAAAGUGCUUUAAGGAAGAUGAAUUGGUUAAUAAAAGAGGCAAAUCUAAAGGUCUUAAAAAUAAAUUAAAUAAGAGAAAGUACUCCUCUUCUUGCUCUUCCUCUUCUUCAUCUUCUUCCCCAUCUCUAUCAUCACAUGAUUCCUACCAAGAAGGAGAUUUUUAGUAAAAAAAUCAAGUAAAAUAAAGCAAAAAAGGAAGUCAUAAGUCAAAUAAAAAGACCGAUAUAAAAAAUUAAAAUAUUCUUUCAAAAAAAGCUAGUGAAUAGCUAUCAAAUAUUCCUUUAAAUGAUGAAAAUAGCUAUUUUUGCACAGCUCCUCAAUCUAAUUAUAAUUCGAACUUAACUAAUUAAUAAUAAAAUUUUAGCACAAAUCAAUAAUAAUUUUUACUUGAAGAAAGAAACAGCAACAGAUCAACAGCAGGAAACUCGACCCAUUAACAAAGCUCUUAAAUUUCUUAAAAUAAACAAUGCAAUUUAUAAUAGCACCUAUGCUCAAAUCAUAAUUGUCACCACAAUAAUCCUCUUUCUCCAAGCAACUGUUAAGCUUGCUCAAGCUCUUAGAUUAUUUCAUCAAGAUUAAAUAAUUUCCAAUAAUUUACUCAUACUUGCUAAAAUAAACUUAACACUCCAAUGGAUGGAAAUAACUUUAUUAAUCGUAACCAAUCAAACUUAUCUGUUUGCUAGAACAACAGCAGCUUAAAUAUGGGAAUUUAAGUUCCUUAGUAAAACUAAUUCGGAUUGUAUGGCCUUCCUACCUAAUAGAAUCAAAUAUAAACUUAAUUGACCUCUUAGAUUUAAUAAAUACAACAGUAAUUAUUUUAACAGUAAUUAGCUCUUGUUUAAACAUAGUAAAAUCAUUAAACUCAAAUUUAGAAUAUUUUGUUUCAAUAGCAAUAACAACAACAUCAACAUUAAGCAUUGUAGCUUAUUCCUCCACCAUACAAUAUUUUGUAUGGCUAGACAGCUUCUCCUUAUAUGUAAUAACAUAUUGCAUAGUCACAUAUUAUAGGCAACUUCACAAAUUAGCAUAUUGGUACUCCUGCAGAUAAUAAACAAAAUCCAAUUUUAGGUCAAUACUAUUAAAAUUCUUAGGUGAUGAUGCCUUAAUCCGCCUGUUAAAAUUAACUAAGUACUCCUAUAAAUUCUAAUCAUUAAGAAUAAAUCUUAGACUUUUAAUAUAUUGAUAAAAAUAAUACUAAUACCUUCAACUAGGCAGUAAACUCAGUAUAUCCUUCAGCAUAAUAAUAACAGCAACAAUAUAUAAUUCAUCCUAGUUUAGGUAACUAAAAUCAACCAAUCAUAAUAAAUAAUAACUUAGUUUCACCAAAAAAAAAUAAAAAUAAAAAUAAUUUUGAGAUAAAUGGCAGUAAGAAUAUGGUUCUAAGUCAUGAAAUAUUAGAUGAAAAACUAAAAAAUAUGCAGAGUCUUUCUUUUAAUAUAAACAGCUCUAAUAUUAGCAAUGAAAUAAAAAAUGAGUAAAAUGAUAAUGAUGAUUUUGACAUUCUUGAUGCAAACGAUGAAGACUUUGAUGAAAUUCAAGAUACAAAAAAUAAUAAAACUGAUUAAGAAAAAACUAAUGCCAAUAAACCUCUUUCUAUGCAAACUAGAGGAAAUUUAAAUUCUGAUACACAAAGAAGCAAUUUUAGAUCUUUUACCUAAGAAAAAGAUACUUUUACUUUUAGAAACAAUAAGCAACAAAAUAAGAAUUAGUCCCUAAUGAAUUCUAAUUUUGAUGAAAUGAUAAGAAACACUAAUAUAGAAUAAAUAGAGUAAUUUGAUAAUAGUAAUAAAGUAAAUGCAAACAAACAUGGAUUUGAAAAGCUUGAAAUAGAUCUUUCUACUUAAGUUCAACCAAAAGAAUAGUAAAAGAGUUUAGCUGAAAUAUUUUAGGAGAAAAGAAAAAAACUGGCAUAGAAAAUGGAUGGAUAGAAAAGAGCUUUUAGUACAUCAAAAGUAGAAGAAAAAGUAGUCAAUGAAAAUAAAGAAAGCUAUCCUGUUGCAGUUAUUGAUGAAUUACCAGUAGGGAAUUAGCAUACUGGUUAAAAGGAGAGUAAGGGUAAAAGAAGUAAAGAAGAUAUGAUUAAACUUCGCUAAGAGAUGAAAGAAUAUGGUAAUAGAGUAAACCCAAAAUUGAAAGCAAAGGCAUAAUAGAGAUUUUAAUCUGAAUAAGAAUAAUUAAAUUAAGAAUCAAUAAAUGGAAAUUAAAGAAUGAAGUCUCCUAAUUAUUCUAAAAAAAGAGAAGAACUAAUGAUCAGAUUAGCUCAAGGAAUCAAACCUAAGAUAUCAGAGAAAGAAAUGUAUGCUCUUACAAAGAAGAAUUAUGAAAACCUUCCAGAAGUUAAGAGGAAAAGAUAAGAACAAGAAAAAUAGAUAAAUAAGCAAGAAUUAUUGAAAAUAAAACAAGAAAAACUCAAAGAGCUUGACGAAAAAAGAAGAAGUAAAUUCAAACUUAAAGGAAGUGUUAGCAAUUUAAACAUGACUAAAUAGUUUACAAAUAAUAAUCAUAGUAGUAAUUAAAGCUCAACUCAACUAAUAAUUUGA